AUGGCGUGCACUGCCGGUGUCUUUACUCGGUGGAGUCGCGCAGGUAGAGUUGCAGGUCUUUACCUCAUCGGUCUUAGAGUCGCACAGGAUCCCAAGUCAAACCGCAUUGGUCAGUGGUGGAAUCAGACCACCAAGGAUGGCAUUUUAGAUCUGUUCCACCGCAUGACACCGCAGGCCACUGAGGGCAACUACGUCAUCACUGCUUGGGAUGAGAAGAACCAACAAACAACACACUACUUUGAAAUUAUAGGAUAUGUUCUGCCUAAAUUUGAAGUCAACGCGAAACUUCCACCCAUUCUAACUCCCAUGAACAAAGAAAUCAUGCUGAACAUUUGUGCUCAAUACAUCUAUGGGAGGGGUGUACAGGGGUCUGUGACUGCUGAAAUGUGUGCAAGAAACUAUCAUUAUUACUGGUAUUGGCAAAAUAUACCUAAAACAUGCAGAAACUAUGUCAUAAAGACCGACAAGACUGGCUGUGCCUCUCAAGUAAUAAAUGUGACUGAAUAUAGCAUGAGUCCAGGAGGACAUUUUCAAGUGAAUUACAAAGUAGAAGAGGAUGGAACAGGGAUAACUGUUGAGGGUUCAGCCGGAGUUUCAUAUAGCAGUGACGUUAUCACAGUUUCCUUUGUUGACACAGAAGACAUAUACAAGCCUGGGAUUCCCUUUGAGGGAAAGCUUCUGGUCAGUGAUGUAUACUCCAAACCGCUGAAAGGUCAAUCAGUGUAUCUCGUUACAAAUUAUGAUUCCAAAAGUGUAAAUAUGACACUUACGACAGACAGCAACGGUACAGCUCACUUCUCCUUAGACACAACAAAUUGGUCGAACCAACCUGCUUAUUUACAGUCAUUAUACAGUAACUUUGAUAAUGGUUUCUGGCCUGCAUCAACAUAUUAUAAUGGAGGUAGUCUCUGGUUACGGCCCUUCUACUCCAAAAGCAAAAGUUUUCUAAAGUUAAUUUCGACUCCAAAACCAUUGAGCUGUUUGAGCGAUGCAGAUGUGAAGGCCAGUUUCAUCAUUCAGGGCAGUGCACUGAAACUGAAAACUUUGGAUAUCUUCUACAUGGUCUUUUCCAAAGGCUGUAUGGCUCAAAAUGGUUGUGUCUCUGUCAAAGUGCAAUGGAGAACAGAAAACGAAGGCAAAUUGUCAUUCACAUUAAAAAAUACAGUAGCCCUGUCUCCAUUCGCCCAGGUGGUAGUGUACACAAUUCUUCCCAAUGGAGAAACAGUAGCAGACAGCUUGAACUUCCCCAUUGAACAAUGCUUGCCAAACAAGGUGUCCGUAAAUUUCUCAUCUUCCACGGCUCUGCCCAAAGACACUGUGACUUUAAACCUAAGAGCCCCGCCUGGUUCCCUUUGUUCCGUCAGGUCCAUUGAUCAGAGCAUGCUGCUGUUGAGACCAGAGGCACAACUCAACGCCGCCUCUGUUUUUGAAAUGUUACCAGUACAAAUGUUGGUGGGUUACCCAUAUCAAGUUGAGGAGUAUAACUACGGCUGUAUAUCCAAGGACAGGGAACCAAUUUACCCAUCGAUGCUUGACAGUGAAAGACGCUUGCGCUAUUUUUACCCUUAUUACAAUAAAAACAAUGCAUACAGUGCCUUUAAAGCAAUUGGAGUCAAAAUUGCUACCAACUCUGAUAUGAAAGAACCUGUUGACUGUUAUCAUAUGAUUCUGAGGACUAUGGGUGCAGGUGCUCUUCAACCCGAAGCCAUAAGAAAAGGUUUAGCUAUUGGUCCAGCCGUGGAAAAAACUGUUAAGAAUACAAUCCACAAGUUCUUUCCAGAAACUUGGAUAUGGGAUCUUGUGCCUGUGGGGAAAUCUGGAUCUGUCGCAAUUAAAAAGACUGUUCCUGACACCAUCACUGAAUGGACCACAGAUGCUUUCUGCACAUCUUCAGUUGGUGUUGGAGUGGCACCCAGCACUGCUCUCAAAGCCUAUCUGCCGUUCUUUGUCAACGUCAAGCCCCAGGCUCUCAGUGUUAUCCGUGGAGAAGAACUCACUCUCAAUGCCACUGUAAACGGCUGUUCUAAUUGUUUUAUGGUAAAGCUCAUUCUGAAAAGUUCGAAUCAGUUCUCAGUUCUGUCUUGCAAAGGUUGCAAUUACACGCAAUGUGUUUGUGCAAGAGACAGCAUAACCACAGAGUGGACAAUUAAAGCCACUGUUCUGGGACAGGUGAAUGUUUUUGUGGAAGUUCAGGCCAUGCAGACUCAUUCUUGUGAAAAGUUAAUGAAGAUAUUGGAAUCAAGUGGACAUGAGGUAGUGACAGUGCCAAAAGGAUGUUGUAUUAAAACUGUGGUGGAGUCGUUUCUGGUAGAGGCGGAGGGAGUUAAACAGAUAAUCACUCAGAAUGAGCUCAUCUGUUUAACAGGCAACCAAGUGAACACAACUGUCUCUCUUAAUCUCCCUGAUGUUGUUGUCAAGGAUUCUGCCAAAUGCUUUGUCACUGUUCUUGGUGAUCUGAUCAGUCACUCUUUAAAAAACAUCGCUGAUCUGUUGCGGAUGCCUUAUGGCUGUGGAGAGCAGAACAUGCUGAACUUUGCACCCAAUAUUUACAUCCUUCAGUACUUGGAGAGCAGUGGACAGCUCACUCCUGAGAUUUUGGCACGAGCUAAAACCUUUCUGGAGACUGGCUACCAAACACAGCUGAAAUACAAACAUUAUGAUGGAUCUUAUAGCGCUUUUGGGAGCAGAGAUCCUUCUGGGCACACCUGGUUAACUGCAUAUGUGAUGAAGACUUUCGGAGGGGCAAAGAAGUAUGUGUAUGUAGAUGAAAAAAACAUUGACCAGGCGAAGAAUUGGUUGAGUUAGCACCAGCAGAAGAAUGGAUGCUUUGAAAUGGUGGGCGUCCUCUACCACAAUGAAAUGAAGGGUGGUGUCAGUGAUGAUGUCAUUCUCACUGCGUACAUCGUUGCUGCUCUGCUGGAAUUGGGCAUGGAAACAUCUGAUACCAUGGUGGAGCAAGGACUUCUUUGUCUGAAGAAAGCAUCCAGCAAUGUUAACAACACGUACUUCACUGCCCUGGCCUCUUACACAUUCACUCUUGCUGGAGACCAAAAAAUGAGAGAGAAACUCAUCUUCAUCUUGGACAGUCAAGCCAAGAGAGAAGGGGAUGGCCGAUAUUGGACUCAGACAAACAAUGGGCAACUGACAGGCUCUUUAGAGGUAGAGAUGAGUUCAUACGUGUUAUUGGCACUUAUUUCUGGACCAACACUGCCAACAUUUCAAGUGGACUAUUCUGCUACAAUAGUGCGCUGGCUGGCCAAGAGGCAAAAUGCCUAUGGAGGUUUCUCCUCUACUCAGGACACUGUGGUGGCCCUUCAGGCACUCGCUAAAUACAGUGCUGCCACCUACAGUCCAACAGGAACCGUUGUUGUCAGUGUGACCUCCCCUUCAAACCAGAAAUACAACUUCAUUGUCUACCAGAGAAACCGUCUGCUUUACCAGGAGAGACAGCUGCAGCCCCCUCUAGGAAACUUCUCACUCGCUACACAAGGCCAGGGCUGUGUGUUUGUGCAGUUUGCCUUGCACUACAAUGUUCUGCCCUCUGCCAGCUCCAUGGCUUUCAGCAUCAUAACAGAUGCAACUUCAACUUGUAACAGCAGACAGUACUACACUGUUACAUUAGCUCUUACCAUCAGGUAUAAUGGUCCACGAGACGAGACAAACAUGGUGAUCAUUAAUCUUAAACUGCUGUCUGGAUUUGUACUGGAUGACUUGUCUCUACAAGAUCUUCAGCAAGAUUCCAGAAUCAAACUUGUGGAGCAGAAUGAAGGACAUGUCAUCUUGUAUUUAGACCGGAUGAAAAAGGAGGAGGAGAAGUCCUUUACCUUGACGCUUUGGCAGAACGUAGUAGUGAACAACCUGAAACCAGCUGUGGUGACAGUCUAUGAUUACUACAAGACCAGUGAAGGAGCUGUUGAUCAGUACACCUCCCCAUGUGUCAACACAUACCUGGUGGCAGUCACUUCUCAGGCAGCGAGCGGCACUACAGAGACUCUGUGUGCACAUAUCCAUGAAACCAGUACAACCCUUUCUUUACUGGUAACUUUGAGCUCAGAUAAUGGAAAUGUGACCAUUCUUAAAGAGAACUUCAUUAAAGGGGAUUUCUACAGGUGUGUGCCUUUCCAGUUUCAAACAAUAGAAAUCUGGGAUCCCAAGUCAAACCGCAUUGGUCAGUGGUUGAAUCAGACCACCAGGAAUGGCAUUUUAGAUCUGUUCCACCGCAUGACACUGCGGGCCACUGAGGGCAACUAUGUCAUCACUGUUUGGGAUGAGAAGAACCAACAAACAACACACUACUUUGAAAUUAAAGGAUAUGUUCUGCCAAAAUUUGAAAUCAAUGCAAAUCUUCCACCCGUUGUAACUCCCAUGAACAAAGAAUUCAUACUGAACAUUUGUGCUCAAUACACCUACGGGAAGGGCGUGCAGGGGUCUGUGACUGCUGAAGUGUGUGGAAUAAACUAUAAUUAUUACUGGUAUCACCAAACUACACCUAAAACAUGCAGAAACUACAUCAUUAAGACUGAAACGACUGGUUGUGCCUGUGCAGAGAUAGAUGUUACUGAAUAUGGCAUGAGUCCAGGAGGACAUUUUCAAGUAAAUUAUAAAGUAGAAGAGGACGGAACACAGAUAACUGUGGAGGGUUCAGCUGGAGUUUCAUAUAGCAGUGACAUUAUCACUGUUUCCUUCAUUGACGCAGCAGAUAUAUACAAGCCUGGGAUUGCCUAUGAGGGAAAGGUCUUUUCCAAAGGCAGUAUGGCUAAAAAUGGCCGUGCCUCUGUCAACGUGCAGUAUGGAAAAGAAAACAAAGGCAAAUUGGCGUUCACAUUAAAAAAGACUAUAGCCCUGUCUCCAUUCGCCCAGGUGGUGGUGUACACAGUUCUUCCCAACAGAGAAACAGUAGCAGACAGUUGGAACUUCCCCAGUGAACAAUGCUUUUCGGACAAGGCUUUUGGAAUGUUACCAGUCCAAAUGUUGGUGGAUUACUCAUAUCAAGUCUGGGAAUAUAAUGACGAUCCCUGUAUACCUGGAGACAGGAAUCCAGUUGACCCCCCAGUGGUGACGAUGGGAAGACGCUUGCUCUUUUAUUACCCUUAUUACAGUGAAAAUGAUGCAUACAGUGCCUUUAAAGCAAUUGGAGUCAAAAUCGCCACCAACUCUGAUGUGAAAGACCCUGUUUACUGUGCAGGUACUGUUCAACCCAAUGCACUAAGAGAAGACGUGGCAAUUAAUGGUCCAUCUGUGUCAAAAACUGUUCAGAAUACAAUCCGCAAGUUCCUUCCGGAAACUUGGAUAUGGGAUCUUGUGCCUAUGGGGAAGUCUGGAUCUGUUACAAUUAAAAAGACUGUUCCUGACACCAUCACUAAAUGGGCAACAGAUGAUUUCUGCACAUCAUUUAUUGCUAUAGGAGUGGCAGGGCAGCCACUCACCGUCAGUGUCCCUUACUCUGUUAUCCGUGGAGAAGAGCUCACCCUCAAAGCUACUGUAUUAAACUACCUUUCCAAAUGUUUUAAGGUGAAGGUCACACUGGGAAGUUCAAAUGAGUUCUCAGUUCUUCCUUGUAAAGACUGCAAUUAUACUCGAUGUGUUUGUGCAGGAGAGACCAAAACCUUUGAGUGGAUUAUUAAAGCCUCUGUUCUGGGAAAGGUGAGUGUUGCUGUGAGAGCUGAUGGCGUGGAGACUCAUUCUUGUGGAAUGGAGGGGCGUGAGGAGGAGGUGACAGGGCCAGAAAGACCCCAUUUUGACACUGUGGUACAGUUGUUUCUGGUGGAGGCGGACGGAGUUCAACAGAUAAUCACUCAGAAUGAGCUCAUCUGUUUAACAGGCAACCGAGUGAACACAACUGUCUCUCUUAAACUCCCUGAAGUUGUUGUCAAGGAUUCUGCCAAAUGCUUUGUCACUGUUCUGGGUGAUCUGAUCAGUCAUGCUUUAAAAAACAUCGCUGAUCUGUUGCGGAUGCCUUAUGGCUGUGGAGAGCAGAACAUGCUGAACUUUGCACCCAAUAUUUACAUCCUUCAGUACUUGGAGAGCAGUGGACAGCUCACUCCUGAGAUUUUGGCACGAGCUAAAACCUUUCUGGAGACUGGCUACCAAACACAGCUGAAACACAAACAUUAUGAUGGAUCUUACAGCGCUUUUGGAAACAGUGAUUCUUCUGGGCACACCUGGUUAACUGCAUAUGUGAUGAAGAUUUUCGGAGGGGCAAAGAAGUAUGUGUUUGUAGAUGAAACAAACAUCGACCAGGCGAAGAAUUGGUUAGCUCAGCGCCAACAGAAGAAUGGGUGCUUUAAAACAGUGGGCGUCCUCUACCACAAUGAAAUGAAGGGUGGUGUCAGUGAUGAUGUCACUCUCACCGCAUACAUCGUAGCAGCUCUGCUAGAAUUGGGCAUGAAAACAUCGGAUCCCAUGGUGAAGAAAGGACUUGUUUGUCUGAAGGAAGCUUCCAGCAAUGUUAACAACAUGUACUUCACUGCCCUGGCCUCUUACACAUUCACUCUUGCUGGAGACCAAGAGAUGAGACAGAAACUCAUCUCCAACUUGGACAAUCGAGUCAAGAGAGAAGGGGAUGGCCGAUAUUGGACUCAGGAAAAUAAUGGCCAAAGAACAAGCUCUUUAGAGGUAGAGAUGAGUUCAUACGUGUUGUUGGCGCUUCUUUCUGGACCAACACUGCCAUCAUUUAAGCUGGACUAUUCUGCUACCAUAGUGCGCUGGCUGGCCAAGAGGCAAAAUGCCUAUGGAGGUUUCUCCUCUACUCAGGACACUGUGGUGGCCCUCCAGGCACUCGCUAAAUACAGUGCUGCCACCUACAGUCCAACAGGAACUGUUGUUGUCAGUGUGACCUCCCCUUCAAACCAGAAAUACAACUUCAUUGUCAACCAAAGAAACCGACUGCUUUACCAGGAGAGACAGCUGCAGCCACCUACAGGAAACUUCACACUCGCUACAGGAGGCCAGGGCUGUGUGUUUGUGCAGUUUGCUUUGCACUACAGUGUUCUGCCCUCUGCCAGCACCAUGGCCUUCAGCAUCAUAACAGAUGCAACUUCAACUUGUAACAGCAGACAGUACUACACUGUUACAUUAGCUCUUAAUGUCAGGUAUAAUGGUCCACGAGAGGAGACUUACAUGGUCAUCAUUAAUGUGAAGCUUCUGUCUGGAUUUGUACUGGAUGACUUGUCUCUACAAGAUCUUCAGCAAGAUUCCAGAAUCAAACUUGUGGAGCAGAAUGAAGGACAUGUCAUCUUGUAUUUAGACCGGAUGAAAAAGAAGGAGGGGAAAACCUUUACCCUGGUGCUUUUGCAGACUGUAGUAGUGAAGAACCUGAAACCAGCUGUGGUGAAGGUCUACGAUUAUUACAAGACCGGUGAAGGUGCUGUGAAGCAGUACACCUCCCCAUGUGUCAAGUAAUGUGUCAGUAAGUAAUUGUUGACAGUUGUAAACAUAUUUACGUAUAAAAAUUCCGUUUGUCAAUUUUUUUGAGAGCUCUUGAAUUCCACAUUUGUCUAUGGCAUUGAAAUGUAAGCAUUAUGCUGUGGAUUGUUAAUAAAAAUGUGUAUAAAUCACUAGAACAUUGAUCACUUUUAGAUGACUUAGAUGAAAGUGCUGUCGCUGGAGUAUCGAAAGGUGUUAUCCACCAGAGUGACUGUUCAUUUCAUCAGACAUGCAAGAUCAAAGACGGAAUAAAUACUGACACUUGAUUUGUUCUUAUAUCUGCUGACUUUCUCACACUAAAAUCAGAAUAUACUGAUGACACAUGUGUAGAUGAUCUGUAAAUGAUAAUCAAAAGCCAGAUCUGUGACCUCAAAUGAUUCACAUGAUGAAGAUACUUAAAUUGCUAUUAAAUAAAGAGUUUCUGCAUCUACAACAUGAGUCCCGUAGUUUUUGAAUUUCCUUAUAACACAUAAAUUGGCUGGGCUUUAAGCUGUUCCUUAGUAGUGCAUCUGCCUUGAAUGCAAUGAUUAUAAAUCACAAUAAAAAAUA